AUGAAUUCUGACAAUCUGAAACCUUCAUCUCCUACUAACAUGAAUGGCAUAGGUCUUUCAAACGAUAAUGACAGUUGUUUUCAUGCACGGACAAUCCUUCACAGGAAAUGGAAGAGCUUAAGGGCCAGUUAUACCAGAGAGUUAUUAACGCAAAAAACAGAAAAGAGUGGUUCUGCAUCAACUGGUAGGAAGAAGUAUAUCUACUUCGAUCAGCUGCGAUUCCUAACAACUGACUGUAAGAACACUACUUCUAGUAUUGACAAUGAUGAUGAUGAAGACAGAAAUGAGUUUGAUGAAGGAAAAGAUUUAGAGCAGGAGGCACGUGAAAAAACUGCUGAGCGACGGCAAAAAAGGCCACGUGAAAAGAAGAGUCUUGAAGAAGAAGAUAUCCUAUAUAACAUUUUGAAGGAAAAGUACGCCAGAAAAGACAAUUCAUCACAGCAAGCUGACGAAGAUAGCUUGUUUACGCAGUCUUUAGUACCUGAAUUAAAAAAAUUACCCAGUCAUGCAAGAUUGAAAGUGAAAUCAGAUUUGAUGAAUGUCAUUAUUAAUGCCCAACAAUAUUAA